CCUGCUUUCUUGAAGAAUGUUCAGUAGCAAGAAGCAAUACGAGGGUCCCCCCAACGGCUAUGGGCCCCCUGGGGAUGAUUACGGGUACAAAAUCCAGUCCCCCCCUCCCGGCUCCUACUACGCCGAAGACGUCCCCCAGUAUUUCUACAAGUGGAAUUCUCCGCCGGGUGUGGUGAGGAUUUUGGAGGGCAUUGGCAUCCUGCUGUGCGUCGCCAUCUUUGCUUGUGUGGCGUCCACCUUGGCCUGGGAAUACGGUUAUGGCUACGGAGGCCUUUAUGGAAACACGAUGGGCAGCUAUUACGGGAGCGGAUAUGGCGGCGGCAUGGGCUACUACGGAGGAGGGUACGGGGGUUAUGGUGGUUACGGCGGUUACGGAAGCUAUUACGGAGGCAUAACCAACCCCCGGGCUGCCAACGGCUUCAUGAUCGCCAUGUCCGUGCUGGCAUUCAUUGCCCUCCUGGCUCUCCUGAUCACCAGCUUCACCAAGUCCAGCGGGUCCCGCUCCAGGAAGUUCUAUUUGGUGGUCAUCAUCGUGUGUGCUAUCUUGGCCUUCAUCAUGCUCAUUGCUUCCAUCGUCUACAUCGUGGGGGUCAACCCCCGGGCCCAGAUGUCCGGCAGCUACUACUACAACCCAAUGCUGACCAUGUGCAACCAGAUCUACUCCACCGGCAGCUACAUCAACCAGUAUCUCUAUCACUACUGCACUGUUGACCCGCAAGAGGCUGUUGCAAUCGUCUGCGGUUUCCUCCUUGUCAUCCUCCUUUGUGUCAUCUGCUUCUUUGCGAGCAAGACACGGGCGAAGAUCUGGAGGUACGGGAAAGCUAACAUUUACUGGGACAAGCCGCCACCCUUCCAGGAGGGACCCAACGUAGAGGAGUGGGUGAAGAAUGUUGCUGAUGUAGCUAGCACCCAUGAUGAGACGGCUACUCUGGCGUACUCAGAAAAACCCACAAACCCCGUCAAUGCUUCAGCCAGCCCAUACAGCUACCGGGCCUCUGUGGAUGGCUACUACGCACCUGAAAACAGGAACAGUACACCUUUACGCUCAUCCGCUGAUCCUCCUGCCAGAACUUUUAGCUCCAGCACCUUAGAAGAAAAGGCCAGAGAGACUCCCAGUAAGCCUUCAGCCCGCAGGGGACGGAGGCGACGGAGGAAUCCAGAACUUGAAGAAUCCCAGUAUGAGACGGACUACACCACAGCUGUGGAGUCCAGUGAUGAGCAAGAUCCGGAUGAAUGGAAAAGCCUGUACCCGCCCAUUACAUCAGACAGGAUCCGGCAGGAAUAUAAAGAAGAUUUUGCCUCGGACCUCAAGCAUUAUAAGCGGCUGUGUGCGGAGAUGGAUGGAAUCAACGAUCAGAUCAACCAGCUCAGCAAACAGCUGGAUCACUUGCCAGAAGACAGCCUGCAGUACCAGGGUGUGGCAGAGGAAUACAACCGGCUGAAGGAUUUAAAACGCACUCCUGAGUACCAGAGCAAGAAAAUGGAAACCAAGUCCCUCCGGAGCAAGCUUUUCCACAUCAAGCGGAUGGUGAGCGAGUACGACAAAAGCAGAAACUAAGUCAGGCGAGGAGACUCUGGCACAACUAAAGUAGGGUUUGAGGAGGUGGCCCCCAAAAGCUCCUUUUUUCCUCAUCCGGUCUUCUCAAGGAGCAGUUUCUUUUUUUGGUACCAGCCUUGAAGCAGCGUCAUCGAUCUCUCGGUGAGUCAAUUUUGGAAGCUGAAAAAACUUUUUUGGGCACACUAGACUUUGCAACUUCACAACUCUCUCUCAUUCUUUUGUAAGCAGAGCUCUGAGGGUUUCCCCCAUCCCCAAAAACCAUAUGUUGCAAAUAUCAUUUUCCUUGUGUUCAAUUUUUUUUUAUAUAAAGAAAAAAAAUCGGUGCCAAAAUGAUAGGCUGCUGCUCUCUGAAAGAAUCACGUGGUGAUUGUGGACAUGUAAAAAGCCCCGUAUCAAGAUUUUGUACAGUUUCAUUUUUAAAAUUGCCUUAGUGUUCUCUUCUCUAAGAGCCGUAUGGCAGAGGAGUGGUAAGCUGCAGUAUUGCAGUCAAACUCAGCUCACGGCCUGAGUUCGAUCCCUGCGGAAGCUGGCUUCAGGUAGCCAGCUCGAGGUUGACUCAGUCUUCCAUCCUUCUGAGGUCAGUAAAAUGAGUACCCAGCUUGCUGCUGGAGGUGGGGAAAGUGUAGACGACUGGGGAAGGCAGUGGCAAACCACCCUGUAAAAAGUCUGCCAUGAAAACAGUGUGAAAGCAACAUCACCUCAGAAUCGAAACGACUGGUGUUUGUACAGGGGAUUACCUUUACUUUUUCAGUUCUCUACUUGUUUCUUACUGUAAUGCAUUUACCUUUUUUUUUUUUUUUACAAAACUGUAUUGAGUUAAGCUCUCUUCCAAAGCGGCAUGAUCUAUUCUUCCAUAUGUGGGAAGGGGGUGGGUGGGUGCGGGCGCAAGAAAUGUAGUUAAGUACCUAAUCUAUGCCUUUAAUAAACAUGAAAAUGUUUGACUGUGAA